AUGAGCUGCUGGACUACCUCGGCCGCAUCUGUCCGCGCUGUAGCACCAAGGCUGCUGCGUGCACCAAGCGCUGCUUCUACUCUUCCAAGCCAGUUGCUCGCCACCUCUAUCAGCCGUGUCGCCACAGCAGCAGCAUCCUCCUCCUCUUCUCCUUCCUCCUCAAGGCACAUUUUUUCGUCGGCUAGACUCAAGAACAACACAGCUGCACCUUCAAAGACAGUUUCUGGCCAAGAUAUUUCGAUCGCAUUGGAUGACAAGGGACAAAUUCCAGCAGCGCCCUACUCGCAGUUGCCCCUUGCCGGGACUUCGCCCUCGUACAAGGUGCAUCUGAUCGUGCACCCCUACGACCACCCUCGACCGGUCGAAUCGUGGCCUUCCCACCUCGAGUCCGUCUCUCCCUUACUCUCGGAGCUCGAGAGCCGCGCUAAGAAGGGAGGCAGCCUUGAGGGCUAUGGCAUUUCGUUUUCGUCUGGUGACGGCCGCACCGGCACCGGGACCGGGACCCGUUCCGAAGCGUUGAAGCCAUGGGAUGCGACCACUUCGCGAAUGAUGCGCAGCGUUCCCAAUUCAGCGCAGGAGCAGGAGCAAUUCCUAGUCUACGCUUAUACCACCAAUGGCACCAUGGCCAAAGUCGGUCCCAUCUCACUUGCCACGCUCGACUCUGGCUCGCCGUUUCGCCAACGUAUUGACGAUGCUCUCGCCUCUGCGCAGCCUCAGACGGGACGUGCCAAGCAGGACGAUGAGACGCAUGUGUACGUGUGCACGCAUGGCGCGCGCGACUGCCGUUGCGGUGUCGCCGGAACCGCCGUGUACGAAGCUCUUAAAGACGAGGUUCGCUCACACCAAGCCUCGAUCAUCAAGAGUGGCAAGGAUGCACCCAAGAAGGUCAAAGUAUUUGCCGUCAGUCACGUCGGUGGACACGCGUGGGCGGCGAAUGCGCUCGUUUACCCACAUGGUGAUUGGUACGGCAACUUGAGGGUAACCGACUCAAAGCUCGUCUUGCGCGCUGCGCUGGCACCUGCCAGUUCGAUGCACGACCUCGACGAUUUGCGGGAGAGACUUGUACACUGGCCACGAUGGCGUGGCAGGUUGGGGCUCAGCAAAGCAGCACAGCGUGACCACUAUGCAGAGUGGGGCCCACCCACCAUCAACACGGCGCACAUCACGCCGCGAAGCAGAGGGACAGCCAGCUCGGCGCGAUCUCGGCCAUCUUUGGCUGCGCUAUCCACACCUGGGCAUGCUCACGCGAGCACGUCUUCUGCAAGGACGUAUGCCACAGAUGCGUCUGACAGCAAGAAGAAGGCGCCGUCGGCACGGAUGGUGGCGUUCAGAGAGAAGCUCGCGGCUGAUCUGUCGAUCGAUGACUUUGCUGCGGGCGAGGUGGACUCGAUCAUGACGUCUGCUUCGGCGUCAGGUCGAGUGCAGAUGGGUCGAACGGGAGAAGCGCGGCUUCCGUCUCAUUUGAAAACCAAGAUUCCGACAGGCGCCAACUACACGCGCAUCAAGUCGGACCUUCGCGGUCUUGGGCUUUCCACAGUAUGCGAGGAAGCGCGAUGUCCGAAUAUCGGCGAAUGUUGGGGCGGGUCUGGAGGCAAAGAUACGGCUACGGCUACGAUCAUGAUUAUGGGCGAUACGUGUACGCGAGGCUGUCGGUUCUGUGCGGUCAAGACGUCUCGUGCACCCGCGCCGCUCGAUCCGCACGAACCGGAGAACACAGCGGAAGCGAUCUCGCGCUGGGGUCUUGGAUACAUUGUUCUCACCUCUGUGGAUCGGGAUGAUAUUGCGGAUGGCGGUGCAAGUCAUAUCGCCAGUACCAUCUCCAAGAUCAAGGCCAAGUCGCGCAAGAUUCUGGUCGAGGCUCUGGUGCCUGAUUUUUCGGGCGAUAUGGCGUGUGUAGAAAAAGUGGCGCAUUCGGGCGUCGAUGUAUUUGCACACAACGUAGAGACCGUAGAGCGGACAACGCCUAUGGUGCGCGAUCGACGUGCCAAGUAUCGUCAGUCGCUGGCUGUGCUACUGCAUGCGAAACAGGCGAAUCCGGCGUUGAUCACAAAGACGUCGAUCAUGCUUGGAUGCGGCGAACGCGACGACGAGGUCGAGCAGACGCUUCGCGAUCUCAGAAAUGCACACGUAGACGUCGUCACUUUUGGCCAGUACAUGCGUCCUACAAAGCGACACAUGAAGGUUCACCAAUAUGUCAGUCCAGACAUGUUCCUCCACUGGCAGAAACGCGCCGAACACCUCGGCUUCUUGUACGUCGCCAGCGGGCCCCUAGUCAGAAGCAGCUACAAGGCCGGCGAGUUCUUCAUCAAGAACGUCCUCGAACAGAGAAACAGUGCACACAACCUCUAUCCCACCUCCGAGCAAGCUGUCCAGAGCACAACCUCAUAG